CUCGGUUCUUCUAUAAGUGACAAGCAACGAAAAAUGGAACAAGCUGCACACGGCCUACGCGGCAACUUCCUACAAGAGAUUGAGCUUAAGGCUUUUUACCGUGUUUCAGGGACUGGUUCGUUCAUCUCACUAAUGAUUGAGAGUAGGCAUUUCAGGCGCACACAUGACAUGACUCGCCUUCUUAACAAAGCUUCUUUCUUUGAUGAUUCAUCUUGAGAAGCAUCUUUGACACCACCUUCUUAAAGAAACACUUCGAUGACGGGCGUCCCCUUGAUUUUUUUGGGGAAAAAUAGUUCGACAGAAGAUGGGGUUUAGUUUCAAGAUGAAGAAAAUAUUGUUGAGGUCAUCUAAUGACAGCGUAAACAGAGAGGUGGCCGUGGCCCUUUAUUUAGAGCCGGAGAGGCAACAGGCUAUUGCUGAGGCUAGUCGCGUGCAAUUAGGCCAUAGUCAGGAGUGGAGACGAG